AUGGGUCUCUAUUACUGCUCUCCUUAUAGUGCAGGCACGGAGAUCUGGUCCAGCCCUCUGCAGCCUGCUCCUCUGGUGAAUUUGGUGACCUAUCCUCAGCUGCAGCUGGUUGCUACUGUGGACCAGCAGGGAUUGAUCAAAGUGUGGAAAGCAGAGACUGGGUGGGAGUGGGCCUCCUUCUGCCUGCCUACCUCCUGCUCUGCAGUGGAGGCCUGUGACCAUCCAGAGGGUUCUUUUCUGCUGGUGGCUUGUGCUGAAGGGACUCUCUACACACUGACAGUGCCUCAGCUGCAGGUGGUCUCCAAAGUGACUUUGUUUCCCAGUCCCUUUGUGAGCCUCCUCUGCUCUCCUGACCGACAGUGGCUGUUUGCAUCUGCACACAAUUCAGACCUAGGCCCAAAGGUGUUCUACACUCAGUCCUUGCUGCACCCAUCGGAAGAUGAACUUCCUGUUUCUACCACCCUCACUGUCCGGUUGAGUUCCAAAGCCUGCUGGGCCCCUGAUGAAGCUGCCAGGCUGAUUGUUAUGCACAGAAAUGGCAGUGUCAGGCAGCUGGUUGUCACUACCUUUGAGUUAAAAGCCAUGAAAUCCAGGGACAGAGUGAGCAUUCUGGCACAACAGAUGGCCAGUUUCCUCUUGCCAGACGCCAUGAUGCCUCCUCACCUCAUGCAGAGCCAUGGCUCUCAGGUGAUCCUGCUGACCUCUGGGUCAGAACUGGUUCUCCUCACCAUACAUGGUCUGCAGCUUGAGGCCUUCCAGGACCACCAGAAGCCCAUCACAGCCCUAUGGGUGGGCCCAGAGCGAGUCAUCACCUCUUCCUUGGACCUCUCUCUGCGUGUCUAUACGUGGAAUAAGAAAAGUAACUUCCCAGCCCUCAAGAGCUGCUAUCACUUGCUUGGGGGAUCCCACAGAUGGGCCAGAGGAUUUAGUCAUGUGGAAAGUGACAUCAUGAGCAUUGUGGGUGUGGAAGUCAGAAGCAACGGAACAAGUAUUCUGAGAUCAUAUUGCUUCAAAGUUCAGUGUGGCCAAAAAGCUUGCACCGGUUGAAGCUAUCUCACUUUGGAAAAGAGCCUGCGUGGCAUAUAAAAACUAAUGAUGUUAUCAGUGUUGGGAAAGGAGAGUCCUUCUCACAUGUUUACUGUGUGUCAAGUGCACUGUGCUCUGUGACUUUUAAAUCCUCUCAUAACAGGCCAAUGAAGUAGGUACCAUCUUCUUUGUUUUUCAGACAAGGAAAAUAAAAUACA